UCAAUUCGUAGCUUGAUUAUAAUGUAUUAGGCUUAUUGUGUUUAUUAGUUCACACUACAGCUAGAACUACAAAAUAUGUAAGCAAAACUUUGGAAACAAUGUCUUUAUAAACCGUGAUUCUAGUUUGCUGGAUUGUUAUUAUUAUACGUCAAAUAAUUACUUUUACAUCCUUUUCCACGAUUCAAUAUGGAUCAUGACAAAUAUGACAUUCUUAAUGACGAUGUAUGUGUAGGGCCAGAAAAUGAUGAUUUCAGUGCAUAUCUCAAUGAUGAAGGUGAACAAGCCGAUGAUAAAAAAGGAAACUAUACAAAGAAUUAUAAUUUUUAUGGACAAGAGGGAUCUGGAGCUGGUGGUUAUUGGUUGUCAGGGCAGGGAUCUCAGUAUACAUGCGGAAGAAGUUUUGGACCCAGUGGAGACAGUGGACCACCACUCCCAACAAAAGAUAUCAGGCUUAAUCCUAUAGGCUUCCUGAUUAAAUGUGGUGUUCCAAAGGAGCAAUUGAGAGGGAUACCUAAAGCACUACUCAAACUUAUGGAGCCUCAAUUUUGUGGAGUUUGUAAUAUGAAACUUGAAAAUGAUAACUCGACUCGUUUACAUUAUAAUUCUAAAAACCACACCAGCAAGCAGAAAAAAUGGCUCGCCCAACGAGCAGAGCUUGGCCCUCACCGUCCCAAUGAGACUGCACUCAAAGCACGUGAAUUAUAUUGCGAGCUGUGUGAUGUUCACAUCACAUCAAAGACUCACGCUGACUCGCAUUAUUUGGGGAAAUCACAUCGCGGGGUUGUCGAGGGUCGCAGGGAGCCAAAGAACCGAUAUUUGUUACAAAGAGGCAUGGAAGGUCGUUUAUAUUCACUUAUUCGUCGCGAAAAGAAGUACUUAAAAUCCGCUGAAGCAAUUCAGAAAUCUACUUUGAAGCCUAAGGAACCCGUCAAAGUAGUGGCGCGUCCCGAUUUAGAACUGUGCUGUAAAAUCUGCAAGGUUACAGUUACAUGCAUCGAGCAGAUGGCUAGUCAUAUGAACGGUAAAAAGCAUCUCUCCAAAGAAAAACAACAUAUUCUUAAAAUGAUGAAAUUGAAACCUGGUGCACCUGAAGAUGCAAAUAAAACAGUUAAUGCUGAUGAUGCCUCAAAACACGACGUUGCCAAAACUUCAGAAACUCGAGCACAAAAAGAGUGUGAAGGUGAUAAUUGGUGUGAUGGAGAUGGCACUUGGGAAGACUGAAGAUACUCAAUAAAUACCAGCACGGCUUCACGUUAUUGUACCGGGUUCACUUCCAAGCGCCGUAUUCUGGAAGAGUGCAUUUAAAUAUGUAAUACAAUUCCAUUUUAAUACAAAAAAUACAUUUAUUUUAUUGAG